AUGUGCUUUCGAUGUGGUAAGCCGGGACACAUUGUCGUACACUGUACAGAACCUCCAAAGAAUAAGGAUGAUCAGGAUAAGAACAAGAAAGUGAAGGCCAGAGUUUUUGCAUUAAACCAGCAUGAGGCGGAACAAGAUCUGAAUGUGAUAGCAGGUAUCCUAUCAUUAUCUGAUGUACCUACUUACGUACUUUUUGACUUUGAGGCGACAAAUUCUUUUAUCUCUGCAUCCUUUAUCGCUAGGUCUAACCUUAGAAGUAUUACGUCGGGAGAGGAAGAGUUCCAUUUCUUUGGAGCAGAGUUCAAAUCUCUACCUCGUCUUGUAUUGGCUAUACAAGCGGAUAAGAUAUUGAAAAUGGAGUCAUGUCAGGGAUUUUUAGUUAAUAUCAACGUUUCCAAACAUGCUGAAACAACUAUUAAAGAUAUUAACAUUGUGCGAGAUUUUAUAGAUGUAUUUCCAGAAGACCUACUCGGCAUUCCACAAGAUAGGCAGGUGGAAUUUACAAUUGACUUAGUUCCCUGCGCAGCACCAGUAUCUAAGGCUCCGCACCGAAUGACAUGGAAAGAACUCCAAAAAUUGAAGUUACAAUAG